CGCCCGCCCGACACAACAAAAACGCUCCCGGUCCAACUUCGUUGAUUUUUAAUUGUAAACAAAUUUAAUAAAUAAUAGAGGUAGCUACUUGACUGAGGAACUACACGAAAAUCUCAACUGGUGGACGCUCUUUAAAAGCUUAUCACUCUCAGGCGUCCCUUGCUUUUAUUAAUUGCGAGGAACGCGCCUUCCAGUUUAAUUCAAUUUGUGAUAAAAGAGACGCAACUCCCGAGAUACAAUCAACAAUCAGCAGGCAUUUAGAAGAGCAACAAAAUGUGCGACGAAGCCGCUGCGGAUCAUCAAGAUCAUCAUGUCCAUUUCGAUGCUUCUUCGGUCAAGUCCGAUGGCUUUGAGUCGGACAGCUGUGUGACAUAUCAGCGCUCGGGCGACACGAUCGCCGUCAGUCUGGGCUUUCUGCAGAUCAGUCAUCGCUAUCUGAUUGACCUGAAGCUGCCGACAACGGUGUUUGGCAACACGGGAGCGCCGGGCAGCAAGUUCGUGCCGGUGGUGAGCGCCACACCGAAUCUGCACUGCCGGAUAACGGAGUUCGCUGGCACCAAGCACGACGAGCAUGACUUCUUCGAGAUGAAGAUCGAGUUCUUUGCCUACAAGGAGAAGCUGCUGCGCGAGGUGCUGCACAUUGUCAGCGCGAGCAAUGCCAAGGAGCUGCUGCAGCUGGUGAUUGCCGCCCGGGUGCUGGGCAAGGGCAAGGGAACGCCCAUGCUGCGCACGGGCAUCCACUGCAUCGGCGUGGAGCGGGACGACGACGAAUCGGAGGCCUCGGACUUUGCGGGCUUCGACAACAGGCCCUAGAGGAGAGGAGCGGACAGCCGCAAUUUGUUUUCGUAGUUAAUUGCAGAGAUAUUUACGUAGUUCUUAAGUAAACGAAACGAAGCAAAGAAUAAUUCUAAAAUUAUAUAUGAACUAACUCUAAGUCUUGCCUGCACGGUAACGUAACCAAUCAAUCAAUCAACCAAGCAACCAAGCAACCAAUCAACCAACCCAACCAAUCGUAUGUGAAACUCAUAGAGCAUUUGCAUUUAGAUUUCGGUUUCAAUUUUGUUUGUUGUACUUAAAGUUUUGACUCGCAAGAACCCGACUGGCGGCAAUGUUCACCCACUCAGCUCGGGUUCACGCGCAUUUUUGUGUUGUCCAAGAAAGUAAAUCAAGUUUUCAUGGAAAGUUUUCAAGUCUAAUGUGAAAAUACAUUGAAAAUCUGUUGAACUGAACUCGGUACGUCUCAAAGCUAUAAGACAGUAUGUAUGCCACAAAGAAUACGUAAUUUAUGUAUUAUAUAUUGUAGAAACGAGUAAACAUUUCGGAGAACCUCAACAACUGUCUUCUAGCUGCGAGACGCGCUGUAAAUGUGUCAUUCAUUUUGUCGUACUCAUGCCCCAAAUGUACUUUAAUCAAUCAAUGGAACAACUAACACUUCAAACAGACCAAACCGCAAGCCUUUUUCAAAAUGUGUAUAGAAUAAAUAAGAAAUUUUAAAUGCGACUAUGUGCGCAGACCCAAGGCCAACUCGUGGUGCACCCUCUCACCUCAACUAAAACCCACGUAAAGCAUUAAACGAACAACAGAGAACAUAAUUUUAAAUGAAUCAGAUUAGGCCAACAGUAUCCUUAGUAUGUUUACUUGUAUUUAGCAAUGGGUUAGCAAUUUUGAUAACAUUUUUGCACUGUCGAAUGUAUCUAUAGAUCAGGCCUCGGCACGGCCCUAUCUAAAGGGUGUAGGACAAGGCGCUUGUCAAGCAGAGCUUCGUGUGGCUUCGCCAAUGCGACUUCGGCACAUGCAUGAAGCAAUUAUAUGGCAAUUAUCUAUAUAGCCCGGCUCGGCACCCAUACCCUGUCAUGUUCGCAGUGAGCUUGUGUGUGUUUCAACACGAAAUAAUAUCAGCAUCAACCACGAAUAGUUUCGUGCAGUGUAAACCGGUUUCGGCGUAGCCAUGUUCGGUUUUUUAGCCACACACACACAUGAGGAUGCUGCAAUUAUUAUUAUUAUCUAUAGUAUAGAUAGAUGAUGACGCACGGCGAUCAGUCAGUCAGUCAGCAAUUUGAUUUUGUAAAUUCCAAUUCUACACAAAUCCCAAUUCAAAUGGGAGCUCAAUUCUGUACUAAGUAUUUACAAACAUGUGUAUGUAUUUGUGUGUGUGUUUAGGCCAGCAAAAAUAAAAAGAAUCGUUGAGAAUACCGA